UUUUUGAAUGUGUUGAAACAGAAGAUUGCAUUAUUUCUUCGAGAGUUUAAAAAAAAACAGUGAUGUGGUGGUUACUCGUGCUUCUAGUGACGUGCCUCUUCUAUUAUUCCCGGAACCGUUUGAAAUACUUCUCGUCUAGGGGCGUGUGUACACUGCCUCCAGUGCCGUUUUUAGGCAAUUUGACAGCUGUCACUUUCGGGCGGGAAAAUUUUGUGGAAGCGAUCGCGGCUGGAUACGACGCGUUCAAAGAUCAAAGAUACUUCGGGCUGUAUCAAUACCUGGUACCCACCCUCAUACCUCGGGACCCGGAACUCAUUCGUCAGAUCAUGGUGCGCGACUUCAACUCUUUCGCCGAUAGAGGCGUCCACAUCGAUGCUGACUGCGACCCGCUGUUUGGAAGAAACCUUAUUAUGUUGACUGGAUCAAAAUGGCGGUCUAUGCGCGCGUCGCUAUCUCCCGCGUUUUCUGGCGCGCGCUGUCGCAGCAUGGCGCCGCUGAUGGCGGAGAGCGCAUGCGCGGUCAUCGCUUACCUGCGUGAGAAGAUAUCUGGAGAAGAAGCUAUGGACAUUAAUAAAAUAACAAUGUCCUACGUGAAUGACGUGAUAGCCUCGUGCGCAUUCGGCUUCGCAGUGGAUUCCCUGAAGGACCCUGACAACUGCAUCUUCAGGUUAGGGAAGAAAGCAGUCGUUCAGGACACCAAUCAAGUCAUGAAGUUCUUUGGAUAUGAGAAUAUGAAGACUAUCAUGAAGUUUCUACAAGUAAAAAUAAUUCCCACACAAGACGCUGAGCAGUUCUCCCAACUCUUCAAAUCAGCUUUGAAGGCUCGUCGAGAGAACCUCGUGAAGCCCAGACCUGACUUCAUACAGAUCUUAGUCGACGCUGCCCAAGGAAAACCCAAGGCAGACAGCGAGGGCGACGCGAACAACAACGAAUACCUAAAGUCUACUGAGAAAUUCACAGACGAUGACCUAGUAGCUCAAGCAGUACUGUUCUACGUAGCUGGAUACGAUACCACUGCUAACCUGAUCUACUACUUCUUGUACGAGAUGGCCAUCAACCCCAGGGUACAGGAGAAACUCCAUGAAGAACUAGAUGGAUUGCCUCCUGAUGAAGACAUUGAGGAUCUCUAUGAAGCUGUUCAAGGGCUGGAGUAUUUGGAUAUGUGUGUUAAUGAGGUUUUAAGACUUUGGCCUCUUGUUGGAUCUGCGGACAGGCGCUCCGUCGCUACAUACGACUUCGGUCCUACAUACCCUGGCAGUAAGGAUCGACUCAUCGCUCCAGCAGGCAUCCACGUGUGGCUGCCAAUAUACUCGAUCCACCGCGACGAAACCUACUGGCCGAAGCCCCACGAUUGCAUCCCUGAACGUUUCUCAAAGGACAGGAAAGCCGACAUAGUUCCUUAUACCUACAUGCCUUUUGGAAACGGACCUCGCCAUUGCAUUGGGUCCCGGUUCGCAGUAUUAGCAGCAAAGGUGUUCCUGGUAAAGUUUCUCAGAAGUUACAAAACAAGAGCCGAUCGGGCGAGCCCACAUCUCUCUCCGAGAGCAUUCAUACUGAGACCCAGGGAUGGCUACCAACUAUAUGUUACUCCAUGAUAAAAUUGUUAUUUAAUAAAUUGUUUUAUAGGCUUAAUAAAGUUUUUUUACUCUUAA